UUCGAGACACAAAAUUCCUAGCAACAAAAAAUAUUCGAGUGAUUUACACUUUUUCUGGCGUAAUAGGUGCUUACAGAGUGCAAUCUCCUGCCAGUGAAUGAUGGAUACCCGUUACCUUCAGCGUCACUUAGGUUCAUGCCUUGUAGAAUGUUUGGCUGAAGUAGCAGAAAAAAGACCCCUUGACCCAAUCGAAUACAUUUCAAAUUGGCUCUAUAAGUAUAUUGAGAAUGUGGAAUACAAAAAACAGAUGGCAGCAGAGAGUGUGAAACUCACUGAGGAACAGGAAGAAUAUGCUAAACAGGCUAAGAUUGAAGAGAUAAAGAAGGCAGAAGCUGAAACGAUCAGACUUGAAGAGGAAUCAAUGAAAGAGGCUGAAAUGGCCAAGCAGAAGAGGAGUGAGGACUUGGCCAACCUCCCUGGUGCCCCUCCUGCAAAUCUAACAACAGUCGAUGAGGAGGAAAACUAGCCAUGAUUACUCUAUUCAACUUUUAUCAAAAUGUUACAAUUAGAGGGUUUAUUUUUUGCUGCAGAUAACUUCAUGGUAUAUCAAAUACAAAACUAGAUAACUGUACCCUGAUUGGUACAAUGUUAUAUUCAGUCAUUUGUGAUUGAUUAGACUACAGGCAUCUAGGUAAAAAUCUUCCUAUUUUGCAAAGGCAUUUAUUAUGGUGUAAAGUUAGAUAUAAUUUAAAGGAAUGGGUUUUAUUUUAUUUAUUAAAGUUAAAAGUUAAUCUAGAAGGAAUAUGAAAUGAAUGAAUGCCUUUACACUGUAGUACUGGUAUAUGGAACACAUUCCUCAAACAACAAAACUGAGAUCUGCAAUAUUUACUUCGACAAUCUGCCUGCCAUAUAAUGCAAUACAAUACAAAAGGGUGGCUUAUAUAUAGGCCUGUUUUGUGGCCAAAUUUGCAAUCAUAUGGGUCAGGGGCAGACAAAUAAUCCUGUGUUUGAUAUUUUAUCUGUUCUAUGUAAUUGUUAAUGA